CCGCCAAUAAACUACAAAGAAGAAGAAGAAGAAGAAGAAGAAGCAGAAGAAGUAAAGAUGGCCGCCGCUGAAACCAAGACAAAUCCUGUUCCAUUGAGGAGUUGGAGUUUCUGGUCUUCACUCUUUUAUUUCAGAAACAUCCGUGAAUUCACAUGUCUGUUUGUGACCGUGUGUGUUCUGAUGAGUCCGUCUCUGGCCGAGGAUCAGGACUUUGCGGAGGACUUUCUGAAGCGGGAGUUCUCCCUAGCGAAGCCGUACCGGGGGUUGGGCUUCUCUAGCUCCUCACAAUGGGACCUGAUGGGCACUGCCAUGGUGACACCUGACUACGUGAGGCUGACCCCAGACCUGCAGAGCAGACAGGGAGCAGUAUGGAGCCGCAUGCCUUUCUACUUGCGAGAUUGGGAGCUCAAGGUGCACUUUAAAAUUCACGGGCAGGGAAAGAAGAAUUUGAAUGGGGAUGGUCUGGCCAUCUGGCUGACCAAGGACCGCAUGCAGAAUGGUCCCGUUUUUGGCAACAUGAACCAGUUUGUUGGACUCGGAAUAUUUGUGGACACAUACCCCAAUAAUGACAGGAACCAUGAUAGAGCUUUCCCCUACGUGUCAGUGAUGCUGGGGAACGGGACUCUUUCGUACGACCACGACUAUGACGGUCGGACAACUGAACUCGGAGGAUGCACAGCCAUGACCCGCAACGCCAUCUAUGACACGUUUGUCCUCGUCAGAUUCUCCAAGAACAGACUCACGGUCAUGGUGGAUGUAGAAGGCAGGCAGGAGUGGAAAGACUGUGCUGACGUCACUGGACUGCACCUUCCUCAUGGCUACUUCUUUGGUGCUUCUUCUGCCACCGGAGAUCUGUCUGAUAACCAUGACAUCAUCUCCAUGAAGCUGUACCAGCUGACAGUAGAGCGGACUCCUGAGGAGGAGGAAGAGGAGGAGGCCACUAUCCCCAGUGUUGACAACAUGAAGCCGUUUCAAGUUGAAGUCCAGGAGGAAGGGAUGAGCAAAGUCCAGUUCUUCUUCACCCUCCUCUUCUCCAUCCUGGGCGUGGGCGUGCUGGCAGUGGUAGGGCUGGUAGUUUACGGGCGCUGGAAGGAAAAUAGACGCAAACGAUUCUAUUGAUCAGAGAACAAUGUACCGACGGUGUGUUUCUAAAUCAGCACAAGAAACAACAAUGCAAAGACUGCCAUAGCUUUACCAAACCAAACAAUCGAAUGAUCAACAAACAACACUGUGUUUCUAAAGCCAAGAUGAACAAACGGAGAGAUUACAGACGGAGCCAGCUGGGAAACUCUUACAUCUAGACAGAUUAGAUCAAAAAGAAAUUCAUCUCAAAGCACCGUGGGUCUGUAACAGAUGCACUAACCCAGACACUGAAGUUUGAACGUGUUCCUCCACAAAGAGAGGCACUCAAACGUCAGAACCAAUCCCAGAUGCUGUAUGUGGUUUACUGACAUCUCGUUACCUUUGACCUUCACUGACAUGUGCAUACCUCUUUCUGCCACUUGGUGCCGCCAACAGGAAGCUUAAACCUGAUGAGUAGAAGCUGUGAAGACCAAUCAACCUGUGUAUCUUUCUUCUUCUUAAUGCACUGAAAAUUCAAAUUGUAAUGAGCUCUCUAGAUUUUAUGGGGGCAGCUUGUGAGGCAAGCAAAGCACUUAAAUCAGCUGGAAUGGAACUGUGAUUGCUGUUUCUACAUGUGUGACUGUUGAUGAGUGGCUUUCUGUGUUGUACAUUUCAAGGGGAAGUCAUUUUGGGGCCCUCCUUAUUGUUUUUGUCACAUUUUGGGGUUGUGCUGUUCCAGUAGAUUACUUCAGAUAGCAUCAUAAUAUUUCAGGGAAAAUAAACCAGAUUAAAGAUUGUCCACUUAAAGUGAUUGUUACUGUUUUUAGACGUUCAUGGAAAAAUGCGUCUCAAGGCUUAAGUCCACCAGAUCUGUGUCCGGUCCGUCUCCGAUCCGUCACAGCACCGGAUCUGAUCGGUUUCUAUUCUAGUCAAUGUGUUAACUUCCACUGGAUCCACUCCAUUGCGUUCCGGCUGCGUCUCUGAUCCGGCAGGUUGGAGUCCUCCGGAUCAGAUACACAAGACUUCUAUUUUUGACGCAUCAAUCUCAACAGAGCAGAUGGAGCGGGACAGGAAGUCAGGUUUCACCAAAACAAAAUGAAAACAUCCGGUUAAUUUUCAGAAUAAAACACUCUGUGUUAUCACCAGAUCGUAUUUCACUGAACUACAACAACAAACCAAAGUCAUGAUGAGCGGAGCCAGGCCUGGAGUCAACAGGUCAGAGGUUUUCAGAGGACCAGAAAGACAACAUGGAUGAGGAGAGGAGGAGGAGGAGAAUCCUUGAUUCAGGGAUUACAGUGGGUAAACCUCGGUUACAUGACUCCGGCUCUCUGACGGUCCUGCUCUGUGCUGCGUUCCGAAAACACGAUCGGUGGGUGUUCAUGGAUGAGAGAGCACCGCAGCGGGUCGGAGACAGACCGGACACGGAUCUGGUGGAAGUCCCGUGCCAGAGUUCUCAAGUUAGCAGUGCCUCACGAGGACCAACUCAAACAAGCUUUUCAUUUUCUUUUGAAUAUCUCACAUUUUGAUUUUCCAAAGUAACUCCUACCUUCCUGAUGUUGACAAGUAGAUGUUAAUAUAUGUAUUCAAUCAGUCCGUCACCUCUGAGUAACAAAUGAUACUACACCUGUUUUCAAAAUAACCCGUAUCAUGCCUCUGAAAUGUCUUAGACCCCAAACUACAACACUGUGUUUCUUGUUUUAAAUAAUAUGUUGUAAUCAUGUUGCUUUUGAAUUGUGCUGACAUGUGUACUGUGAUUUUGGUAGCCAUAUGCAGGAUCGUGUAAUGAAGUGUGUUUGAGUAGAAUGAGCGUUUUCUGAUUAUAGUCUCUGUUUGUUAGCUCCUUCACCCCAUGACAGAUGACACAAGCUCUGUCUUUGGUGUGGCUGCUGGAUGUGUUCUGUUGCUUCUCUGAUCAGUCUGCCGGUGUUCACUGGACCUGUGAGUCAUUUCUGAAUCAUUUUGUAGCAAUAAGAGGCGGAGGAUGAAGUCAAUGGAAAUCCAAUAUUUUAAACUGAAAGUGAAAUAAUGUAUUAAAUCAAAGUAGAAGAACAAUUUAAAUCUGUGCAGAAGAACACAAA